AUGGAUAGGUUUUUUUUACAGCUUCAGAAGGGUAAAUGUGUACGUCAAGUCAUCGGUAAAAAUAUAUUCGGACAAAUCCCUAAAAACAUUGCUAAACAUUUGAAUUUACCCGAACCCAAGAAAUUUACCGGUCACAUCACUUGCAGUUUUCGGCGGACGUCAACAACGUUGUUGGCUGAUUCUGGAGCUUUAAUGACGACAAUUAAACAACACGCAAGUUGGAGGUCAGAUGCGAUAGCCAGUAGGUACAAUGAAAAUUCGAUCCAGAACAAAAAAAAAUUUAUGAUCAAAUCAUGA